AUGCGGCUUCUCCAUGUCCAUACAAGAAAACUGGAGGAAUUCAAUGGAGACUCCAUCCCGCCCUAUGCUAUUCUAGUGGGUAUACCUCCAGUUCGUCUCUGUCAGAAAGCCCCAGAUACACCAUUGGGCUUAAGGGUAUCUCACACGUGGUGCAAACAUGAGAUAACUUUUCAAGAUCUUUUAAAAUGGGGUCCCAAGAUCUUAGAUGGCUUUGCAAAAAUAGAAGGAUGUUGCCAGCAAGCAGCAAAAGAUGGUCUGCACUAUGUGUGGAUUGAUACUUGUUGCAUUGACAAGUCAAGCAGUGCUGAACUUUCCGAAGGCAUCAACUCGAUGUUCCAGUGGUAUAAGAGGUCCACGGUAUGCUAUAUAUACCUAGCCGAUGUAUCCGCAGAAGAUAAUCCAUUCGAGCUAUUCUCUGAGUUUCGACGAAGUCGUUGGUUUACUAGGGGUUGGACGCUCCAAGAAAUACUCGCGCCUAUGGAAUUGGUGUUCUUUGACAAAGCCUGGAAUCAAGUCCAAGUCGGUCGGCUUAUUCGAGCGGCGAACUCAUCCCGAGGUCAAAACUCGAGUGCGCUACCUAGACAAGAAAAGUACCUCAAUCGGUUAGGUCUGCUUACUCUUCUCUCCGAAAUUACAAAUAUCCCGAUGAAGGCUCUUGAUACCGGAGACUUUUCAAAGUUCUGCGCUGCAGCCCGGCUAGCAUGGGCCGCCAACAGAAAAACAACGCGGGUUGAAGACGUGGCCUAUAGUCUUCUAGGUCUCCUGGAAGUUAAUAUGCCUUUGCUUUACGGCGAAGGCGAUAAAGCCUUCCUACGUCUCCAAGAAGAAAUCAUAAAAUCACGCAAUGAUGAUAGCUUAUUGGCUUGGGGGUACCGCCUAAGACCAAAUGAACGCCCCAAAAUAUAUGCUGACAAUGUCCUUGCUCGGUCACCUUCGGACUUCACUCAUUGCCACAGUUUCCAGAGUCUGGAAAGCGACGAAACAAGCCCUCAGGUGCCGUUAACAACUUCUCAUUCUGUAAUGACCAACAUUGGAAUACAGACGGCAAUUCCCAUCCGACCUAUUGAUCCAAAAAUUGGUGUAUUUAUGGCCAUUCUCAGAUGUGCUUUCACCGUAGAUGGCUACCGAUGUCAUCUGGUUGUUCCGUUGGUUAACACAAAAGGUGGAGACAAGAAUCACUACAGCCGGGCAUCAGGCAGUCCACCAUUCCAUAUCCAAAGAGCCAAACUAUUUUCCAUUAUUAACAACUCGAGAUUUUUAUUUUUACUUAGUCGCGUGCCAUUAUUGUGGAACUGUUUUGUCAAGAAGGCAUCAACAGCCCCUAUCUACAUCCGAAAGAAUCCCUUAACAGCACCGCCACGAGUAUCUUGGCCAAAGUCCAGCAAAAAUGAGAAUGAGACAAUGAGCUUAUAUAUAGACGAGCUAAUAUCCUCCGGGUAUGAGCUCUCUUCUUUCUAUCCACCCUGGAUAAGCAAAAAGGCAGCGAGUGGCAGCAGUCUUGUUUUGCGAUUCGGUUCACGGAAUUCAGCAAGAUUCGUGCUUAUAUUUUCGAGGCCAAAGAAGUUUUCUAAGGGAUAUCUGUAUUUUGCCGUUUGUAUAAGCCAAACGACAUACACGAUCUCAGAAGUUGAGCACGGUUCUGCUUUAGAGUAUCUGAUGGAACGGAGCCAUAGUUUAGAAAUUAACAUGGGUCGCCAUGGAAUAAAGCAAAAGGAGCUUAAAUUGGAAGAAGAAAUAACGGACGGGGGCGUUCGACUCAUCCAUCAUAUAUCGUUCAAGUACAUGUUUGGCGAUAUUAGAAUUAGCUGUAGUACCGGCGUGCUCAACGCUUCACAAGCUCUCCGAGCGCUGUACUUGAAUUAA